UGCUCUCUGGUGUGAAAGGACACAGCUGCUCUUUACCUGUUGGGAGGUGUAUCUCUCUCUGUCCUCCACCUUUGGACUGUAAAGCUGCGUUUCCUGGUGUUGGGACCGACGUGGACUUUACCCUCAUCGUGCGCCUUUAGUUCUAUUUACACUCUCACGCUGGAUUCACCGCUCGCCUGCUUCACCGUGAGUCAAAACAAGACGUCUUCCCCUUGAGGAACUCACCUUACACCUGGUGAAUCAGCUGUGAGUUCUGGAGUUGGAGGCGUUUUUCCUGCAGAAGGCCUUGAUUUGUUUGUGUGAGCGUGAGCGGCUAGCCGGGCUGCGGAUUUGGUGCAAGAUGAUGGAGGAGGUGUCCACGAUGAUGGCGUACGAUGCCAAAUUUAUGGAACAGAUGAGCGAGGACGAGAUCCUGGCGUGCCUGGUGGAGGAAACGGAACCUAAGUUCACAGUUCCGACAAAGAAAGCCAAGCUGAGGGAAAGCCGGCUUCAGUUGAUGGAGGCUGUGGAAGAUCCUUUGGACAAAUACCAGAAGGAAAACCGUCUUCUGGAGCAGACCAGCCUCCGUCUGGAGCAGGAAAACGACAACCUGGCCCAUCGCCUCAUCAGCAGCAAGGUCGCCCUGAGGAACGCCCUGGACAAGGCGGAGGACAAAGUGGACGAACUCGCCAAAGACCUCGUGAGGACCACACAUCUCCUGCAGGUUGCAGAGGAGGAGAAGAUUAGGAGGGAAGAGGAAGCUGGCACGCUGAAGGAGGUGUUUCGAAAAGAGCUUGAGAAGGCUGAACGGGAGGUCAAAAGGUCAUCGGGCAUCAUCGCAGACUACAAACAGAUCUGCUCCCAGCUGACAAACCGUCUGGAGAGGCAGCAGACCGCCCACAGAGAGGAGCUGGAUUCACUCAAGAGUGCAGUGAAGGCUUGUUCUCGCUGUCAGCACAUUGUGGACACAGAUGAGCCAUCGUCUCCAGCAGCAGCAGCAGCUCAGACAGGAGGCCUCGUGAUGACCAGAGCUCAGGACGGGGACUGUGGACCUCCUAGCAAGGCGGAGCAGAGGAGGCAGGACCAGGAGAGGGAGGCCCUCAAGGCUCAGAUCAGGGGGAUGGAGCAGGACUUGGCGCAGACCAAACUCCAGAUGGUGGAGGCUAAGUGUGAAAUCCAGGACCUGGAGCACCAGAAGGGUAUCAUGGCCAACCAGCUACACGCAGCAAAGAACAACUGGAUCAACAAGGCCUUCACGUCCCUGCGCACAUCCAGCGGAGGGACUCAAUGGUAUAAGCACAACCCAGGGACGGGGCGUCCCUAUUUGUCUGGAACCUCCACCGUGGCUCCCUGUCCAGAAAACAUGUGACAGCUCAGACUGUGGACACUGAUUAGCUGGAAGUGGACAUUGUGGCUUGAUCAAGACUUUUUAAGUGUGAGCCGCACACUGUGUUUUCAAUGCUAUCGCUGCUAUUUGUCGUUUUGGACACUAGAGGAGUGUCUGGAGCACAGAGAGGAGCAGACAAAUGCUGUCAUGUCUCUUCACCACUUUCAAAGAACUGCAUCUUCUUGUACAUACUUAUUUCAUCUGUAAACAAUAAAACGUGUUAAAUACUCAA